AUGACCAAAAACCAGACGAGUUCGCCACGGAAACCGCAGGGUAAGCGUAGUCGCAAGGCCGGUGGAAGCGACGCGUCGCAGGGUGCUCGUAGUUCGCAGGUGAACGCGAGCGCCCUUCCGAAAAUGCAGUACCGUAUAACCUUGACCUCCGGUGAUAUAACUCCAGAUGGCGCUCGCUUCUUCGUGUAUAUUACUCUAGUUGGUUCGUUGAACGCUUUACCCGAGGUUGCACUGAACACGUCUGCUCAUCUGGUUCGUGGUGGUUUCGAACAAAGCUCGAGCUCCUCCAUCGCCGAGGCGCCCGAACUCGUGCCGCUCCUGAGAUCGAGUUCUGAGUCAUUCACGGUGCCUGCCGCAGAAGAUAUCGGCUCUCUGGACAAGGUAAUACUGCGUUUGGAGGACGAAGCCGGUGACACCGACGCACUUGACGCACUUGGCUGGUUCUUGGAACGGGUUUCCGUCGAGAGCAUCUGCAGCAGUCCAGGGGAAGCGUGCACCGAGUGGGCGUUCUCUGUCAAUCGCUGGGUCAACCGUGACACAGAGCACCUCAUCGAAUUGCAGCGAGCGAUGGCGACGGAGGUUUUACUGGACGACCGUGGCGCCAAAGUAGUGAAAGUUCGACUCGCCAUGCACCACCUACCUAGCGAACCGGCUCACGAAGAAAUCUAUGUCUCGGGUUCGAUCCCGGAACUCGGUUGCUGGAACGUGGAGCGUGCCGUACGCAUGGAAAAAGUGUUGCCCGUGGCACUCGCUCAGAAAGAAUCCGGCCGACGCAGCGUCAAUCGGAAUUCAUGGCACGGUGAUUGGGAGUACUGUUUCACCUUAGAUCCCGAUGCCGCAAGUGAUUUUGAUUACAAGUACUUUAUUCGGAACCAGCGGACGAACGCCAUGAUAUGGGAGCAUGGACCGAAUCGCAAAAUGCUCAUCGAACGCAUCGCAGAAAACCAGAGCGACGCAAAUGUAACGGUGCGUCUGAACGACCAGUGGAAUACUCCAACGCUCUGUCGCAAGGUAUUGAAUUCGUAUCUCAUGAAUGGAAUCAUGAGCCCCUUGAGCAAGAUCCUAGGCUCUUCCGAGGACGGUGUGAUGGCUGCAGUGCGACGCAUCCGGAACGAGCUCGAGGAGAUGCGUCGCGAAAACAGCACACUGCGUAGUAUGUUGCAGGCACGGUCUGACGUCAGACCUUCUGGGGCGCUUUCCGAGGAAGCAUCGUUGGACACCGAAUGCAAAGGCUCCCAGAAUGCGAACGUUUCGGCGCUGGCUGUGCAAAAGAUGAACCUGUCGCAGCUGUCAUUCCAAGGCACGCAACCGGAUCCCGCUCACGAUUUGAAUCGCGCAGGUUUAGCACAUCGCCUGCGACAUGCCCGGGAGCAAACGCAGCUGCUUCAGGCCAUUUUGGAGCAGCUACGAGCGGAAGCUCGCGCCUCUCUCGACGCGACUGCGUCUAUGAUUCACACCCAGAGCGCGACGCUCUCUCAAGCAAUCGAGCGGUGCCAGCGGCUCCGUGACCACAGCAUGGCCAUGUGGCGGAAAGAGUUCCACUGGCGUCGCAAGCUCUUCAACCAGGUCCAGGAGAUUACCGGCAACAUUCGAGUUUUCUGCCGCGUUCGUCCCGUGCUCCCUACGGAAAACGACCACACUGUGUGCAACGUGCUGGAUAACGACAAAAUCGCUGUACGGCAGAAGAUUUUCGAUUUUGAUCGCGUAUUCGGUCCAGAGCACUCUCAGGAGCAGAUCUACGAAGACACGUCGCCGCUCGUCACCUGCGCCUUAGAUGGCUUCAACGUUUGCAUUUUUGCUUACGGGCAAACAGGCAGCGGAAAGACGUACACGAUGUCCGGUUCUCCAGAGUCACGGGGUGUCAAUUAUCGGGCGUUGGCGGAGCUUUUCCGGCUUUGUGAAGAGCGAAGUGCUGCCUUUUCAUGCCAUAUUCAAAUUAGCAUGUUGGAGAUCUACAACGAGUCUCUUCGCGACCUCAUAUCCGGCAAGACAGAGACCCGCCUCGAGAUCAAACUGGGUCCAGACGGCAAGCCCUAUGUACCAGACUUGAUCUGGAUCCCCGUCGAACAACUGGACCACGUCUGGUCAGUCAUCGAGGCGGGUACGCGGAACCGCUCUCAGGGCGCAACGCGAAUGAACAUUCAUUCGUCGCGAUCCCACCUCAUUGUGUCCAUCAUGAUCGAGGCCGUCAGUCGCAGUACCGGAGAUAAGCUCGAAGGCAAACUGCACCUCGUCGAUCUCGCUGGUAGCGAACGCGUCUCUCGUAGCGAAGCUGAAGGCGAUCGUCUUCGCGAGGCACAACACAUCAACAAGAGUUUAUCGGCGCUCGGCGACGUAUUUAUGGCGCUCCUCGCGAAGCAAUCACAUGUACCGUAUCGCAAUAGCAAGCUCACGUACCUAUUGCAAGACUCGCUCGGCGGCGACAGCAAAACCCUCAUGUUCGUGAACGUAAGUCCAACGGCAGCCGACGAAACCGAGACGCUGAGCUCUCUGAUGUUCGCACAGCGCGUAGCCAAGGUGGAGCUUCCGCGAGCUAGCAAACACGUGGAAAGCGCCCAAGUUGCCAAGUAUAUGAAAGCGGUCGCCAAAGCACAGGACGACAUCCGAGCGCGAGACGAUGAAAUCGCGCUCCUCCGAAAGCAAAUUGAGCAGUUGCAGCGGCCUCAGGUUCGCGGGACCUGUUCCAGCAUCCGUUCUUUGCCUGGUACACGAAAUGGCAUUCAGGUCGUUUCCAACCAGCGUACGGUACUGCAGCGUGCGCACAGCAGCACAUUGGCAACGACGCCACCAGAUGACACCACCGCCAGCGACAUUGAAGACGACAAAGAAAACUGCUUCGCGGGGCGUCGCGACAGCAGGCGCUCAGCUCGCCUGGCACCAGCUGCAUCGCCGCCAGGCACAAAUACGAGGCACAGCGCCGCUGCGCUGCACGCUCUGCAGGGGUGCAAUGCGAAUGACGCGUCCACCACCGUGGAUACCACAGUGUCAUGCGUCGUCGACGGCGUCUCUGAGGUAUACACAGCCGUCGACAUCAAUCCAGCAGACGCCGGCAUCGCCACAAGCAAUACGAGCGUCACCGAGCGGCAAUUAGCCAGGGGCCUUUGCUCCCCGCUCGCAACAGCAAAUCAGCAGCAGCAGCAGCAGCAGCGCAACAACAACUCUUCGACUGGUAUCGCGAAUACGCCUGCCUCCAAAGCAACGUCCAAGCGCACCGGGAACGUCGUCGCCGUCGCCAACGCACGAACCAGUUCCGCGGUCACCGCUCUGCCGAGUUCGUCAAAGACCGGAAGCGCUGGCCCGCCGACUCCACCGAGUGCCCGUCGAGUUGUCUUGCGAGAGACUCGCGCCGACCUCCUGCGUCGCCAGGCGAAUGAAGCAAAGCGCACCGGUACGCCCGCACGCGUCCGAUAUGCCUUUGGAUCUCGCGUGGAGGGCGCUCCAGCGGCAACAGCGCACGCCUCACCGAACGUAUCCCGACGGUAG